UCAAGACGUAUUAUUUGCACGAUUUAUCGGUCAGUCUACGAGCCAGCAGUUACGAGCCGCAAUCUUCGCAAAACGAGCGAAAACAUAUUUGAAUAUAAUAAUUUCAUAUAAAAGUAAUCUCAUUAUCCAAAAUUAUUCGCUGCUUAAAAGUGCAAAAGUAAUAAUUGUAUUAAAUUGUAUAAACACAUAAGGCAAAGAAGCGAUAAUCAAAAUAAAAUCUAUAGAAAAUUGGACACCACUCAGGAAUUGACUUGACAGGAGAAACUCAUCUUUUUAUUUGUGAAAAAAAUUCUCACGAAGUAAACAAAGCCACAUGAGUAUGGAAAAUUGUCAAGACUCGAUGAACCAACCUAGAAAACCCCAGGAAAGUUUUCUUGCAUCAACAAGCCACAAUGUUGUCCAAUCUACAUCUAUGAAAAAUAAAACUGAUGAAACUCUCUCUACUUGCGAGAAAAGUAGAAAAAUGCCAACAAUAGAUAGCUUAAUUGAGAAAUCCAUUUUUCUUGAUUAUGAGAAAGAUUCCACAACAAAACCACUUGAUUAUGGAAAAUUGUCAAGAGGCUCGAUAAAUCAACCUAGAAAACUCCAGGAACGUUUUCUUGCAUCAAAAAGAGACAAUCAAGAAAAUGUUGUUCAAUCUACAUCUAGAGAAGAUGAGACUGAUGAAACAAUCUGGGAUAUUUGCGAGAAAAUUAGAAAACUGCCAACAGCAACACAGUUACUUGAGCAAGUGAUUUUCAGAAAGAUAUUUGAUUAUGAGAAAGACUUUUCUCUCAUUCAAAGAUUACUCGAUUAUGAAGUUUCAAUGUUCGAUUAUGCAAACGAUUCAAGAUUCUAACAAAAUUCUAACAAAUUCCAGCGAAUUGAGAGAUAUGAUUAAAUCGAAAAGGAAACGACUCGAAUGCUUUUAUAAACGAAUAAUCUUCGUGAUGCUCUGCCUCACUAUAACUAAUACAUUAUUCCGAGAUACAGACCCAUAUCCUAGGGGACUUGCGUUGGUAGCGCGAUAGAUGACUGUAGGAGGUCCUACGACGUCCUGGGGGUUCCAGGAUCAACGAGCAACGGGAUAUCAAUCUCACCACCUGGCUGAGGCAGACUUUUGUUUGAACUCUCGCACAAGUCACUCCUACACUUUAUUCUAACAUCUAUAUCUGUUUGUAGAGGUGGAAAGGAACAUCAGUUUUCCAGCAAAAAGAAUACAUUAUAAUUUCAGAAAAUUCUCUACAAAUGACAUUUGUUGAUUUUAACACUGGAAGCGAUCCCAAUUCUAUUCUGUAAAUUCAUCUUACAAUAUAUGAUGUAAAAACAUGUCAAAUAUAAUCGAUGCAUCCGAUAUUUCGAUACACUUUUUAAACAACGCAUAUUUUCCUGUUUUUUUUUUGCUACAAAUCCAAUUAUGGAUGUUCGAGAGGAUCGACCUAUCGCCGAGUCGCGUUGAGUUAGUUAAGUCAUUCGUUAGAAUCAUAGGGAUGUUCGGCGAUGUCGCCGUGGAACGUCGGUGUCAGUG